CCGCUUCCGGGACAAAUCAUCAGCGUCAUGUUGUCUUUGACGGCUACAACUGUUCUUACACUAUUCUUGACACAGAGGGUUCUUGUCAUUAAAGCUUGGAACCGGUUGCCACCUGUGGUUUGGUUGGUAUUCGCCAUCUAUAUAGAUUCGUACAUAUUCGUCAUUGCUACAGCGGUUCUCCAGCACUCGCUAGGUGUUAACUCAAGCUACGGCAUCUGCGAAGCUGCGAUUAUUUUGUGCCUCGUGUGCUACGUUACUACCAAGUUCAUUUAUUUGUUUCUCGCCGAAAAAGCCUGGAUCAUUCGCGGUGCAACAACGCCACGCCUAAAGUCCACGCUGUAUCUGGUAAACUCUCUAGGCAUGCUCACCAUAUAUAUUGCAGUCGUCAUCCUAAAUUUCGUCUUUCGCAUCACAGAGAUGAACAACGGGGAAUGCAUAAUCGGCAUGCGUAGUGCCGCCAUGAUCCCCCUCAUCUCCUUUGAUACGGUGAUCAACGUGUACCUCACGAUCAUGUUUCUCAUACCUCUGAAGAAGCUCUACUCCUAUACCAACAUGGCUCGAACGCGGGCCAAUAUUCGACUUCGCAUGGUGGCAUUCCGAACCUUCUGCGGAGCAGUCUGCACACUUGUGAGCAGUAUUGUCAACCUUUCUGUCCUAAUGGCCCUUAAUGGUGAGCCGGGAUGGGUAUGCCUGAUGUGUUGCAAUUGUGAUAUCCUCUUCUCGGCGAUCGUCAUCCAAUGGGUCACAUCCAGGGACAACGCCGGGACCGUGAGCAGCACCUCUUCUGGGGAAGCUCGACGAUCC